UCUUGUAGCCCGAUCCAUUCUGUGCUGGCAGUCUAUUUAAGUGGUGCUGUCAAAGCUCAUCUCCACAAAUAGUGUUCUUCCUUUACAUUCAGAAUGUCUUUUUGCUCCUUUUUUGAUGGCGAGGUCUAUAAAGACCAUUUCAAACCUGGUAUGUAUGUGUGUUCUCAGUGCAACAACCCGCUGUUCUCCAGCAGGUCUAAGUUCCCCCACUCCUCCCCGUGGCCUGCCUUCACUGAGACCAUCAAAGAGGACAGUGUCACCAAGAUGAUGGAGUCACUCACAGCCUUCAAGGUGCUUUGUGGGAAGUGUGGUAACGGACUGGGCCAUGAGUUUGUCAACGACGGUCCGGAGGAAGGCAUCUCACGAUUCUGAAUAUUCAGCAACUCGCUCAAGUUUGUCCCAAAUAAAGACAAACAGUAAGUCGAGUUGAGGAGCCCAAGCAGGUAGCUGUAGCCUCACAUCACAGCCCUGUGUAAGGGACUGGUCAGUAUGUGACGUGGACAGGAACAAGGCCCAGGAGGGACACCCUGUACACUGAUGACUCUAUGACCAGCCUGGAAUACAGGGACAUUCUAGAGAAACAUUAUUUUUCCCCAAGAUAGUUGUUCUAUAGACGUGGUAGUGUUUUUCAGUGCAUCACAGAUCUAAAAGCAUUCCUUGAAAACCUCUUAUAAUAAGCAUGCAGAUCUAGUUAAUCUUUAAGAUAUAGGUUACGUUAAGAUAUAGGUUACGUUAAGAUAUAAGUUACGUUAAGAUAUAGGUUACAUUGAGAUAUAGGUUACAUUAAGAUAUAGGUUACGUUAAGAUAUAGGUUACAUUAAGAUAUAGGUUACAUUAAGAUAUAGGUUACAUUAAGAUAUAGGUUACGUUAAGAUAUAGGUUACGUUAAGAUAUAGGUUACGUUAAGAUAUAGGUUACAUUAAGAUAUAGGUUACGUUAAGAUAUAGGUUACGUUAAGAUAUAGGUUACAUUAAGAUAUAGGUUACGUUAAGAUAUAGGUUACAUUAAGAUAUAGGUUACAUUGAGAUAUAAGCCUAUGGUGGAUUAUAUACUUUUUAUGCUAAUCUGCAUUCCAUUGCUUUGUAGCAGUUCAAGCAUGUGAAGCAAUUUGAGUUUUUUUUUUUUUGGUAUUGAGUUAUUUGAUUAUUUAUUUGAAUAUACUUACCAUGUAUUCUGUAAGGAGGUGACACAGUUGGUGCAAGGUGUCAUGUUCUUGAAAAAAACUCUCACUGCAAUUUAGCCAAAGACAUACGCAGGCUUGCUAUCACAUCUAUGCAUUUGAUGUACAUGUAUACUACUCAUUGAAAUAUCACUUCCUUAUAUUAUGUAGAUAAAUAUUGAACAAUUAGCUGAAUUUUGGUUGAAUGGACCAUUUGUGAUUUAACAUUGCUACCGUAUAUUUGCACAUUGAGCCAUGUGAAAUGGCAUACUUGAAUUGACUAGCAUGAUUGCUUAUAAUUUUUAUGAUCUCGUAUGUCAUUUAUGACUUGGAGUCUUCUGUUGUGUGAUUCCCAUGACAUUCUUUUAAUUAAUACAUGUUCUAACUGGCAAUGCAAAUGGAAUAAACAAUGAUUUUUCUGGUAUUAAUACAAUUGCACUGAUGAAAUGCAGAUGCUUUGUUUAUCGGUCAUGAUUCUAUUAUACUGAUAACAAUAAAUGACUAUAGUUUACUAAAACCAUUGUCUCUGUUA